AUGAGCGAGGACGAAAUGCGGAAAGUGCGCCGCGCACUUCUUGCUUUGAUCACCGGGGCUGAACAAGGUACCGGGCCGACAUUUUUGGGCUUUGCCCACAAGCCUGGCUGGAUUCUAGUGACUUGCGAAAAUGACUUCAGCCGAGAGUGGCUUGUGGACAAAGUCAAGGAUCUGAAGCCGUGGCCGGAGGCAGAGCUCUCAUGCAUGUCGGAGGAACAACUGCCCAAACCCUCCAUAGCCACGACUUUUCUGCCGAAUACUGAGGCUGACACAGUCGAAGAGGCACUGAAGCUGAUCCGAGCGCAAAAUGCGGGACUGAACACCGAACACUGGAAGGUGCUCCACGCGAGGGAGGACAAGGGAGGCCAAGUGGUCACUUUUUCCUUGGACGAUCCCUCCGCGGAGACUCUGAAAGAGUCCGAGUGCAGAGCUGCCCUUGGUUUUAGAAAGAUCAAUUUUAAGAUCAAGGGCGUCUCUGAGGGUUCCGCAGCAGCGAGUGGACAGCAACCCACCCAGACCAGCGGGCCUGUGCGACCGGGAACAUCCGGGAUCUCAAAGACCCCGCAACGGCCGGCUGCCCCCACAACUACGUUCCGGGGCAAAGGGCCGACGUCGAGGAACGUCUCAGGUCCCCUCAGGGGAGGGAAUGAUCAGAGUCGGGCUAAUUCUGGCCGCGGGCGGAAACACCCAUACCAGAAGACAGACCGACCUAAGCCUUCCACCUCCGGUGGGAUCCAAUGA